GUUCAGUGAGUUGUUGGCCCAAGAACGUGACGGUUGGUGUGUAUAGGCGGAAGGCGAGUGGAUCAUUGAUCACUGAUUGCCAACUCUAGAUGACAAGAUGCCGGCUCUUUGGCAGUGUCUUCUUUUGGGCCUCCUCCUGCUGCUGCCCCACCAUUCGGGGGCGGCCUCCAAGAGAGUGAAACUGUGCCUCCAGCCGAUGGUCAGUGGCCGGUGCUUCGGGUAUGUGGAGAGCUUUGCCUACAACCCCAUAAAGCGCCAUUGCGAACCCUUCAUCUACGGCGGAUGUGGCGGCAAUGACAACCGCUUCAGCAGCAAAGCCGAGUGCGAGUUCAACUGCCGUGAUAUUUAGAAAUCUCGGCCGAAAUGCCAAUUUCCUUUCCCGAAUCUACAAAAGUUACGAAAAAUUAAAAAACGUGAAAUAAAAAUAUAUCUUCAAACUGAAGGUUGUAUUACAUUCUAUA